UUUAGUUUCCGUUAUCUGUCCUCGACGGCGACAGCUCGCCGUUUUUGGCACACAUCGUUGUUGUUUUGUGUUACUCCUCGUGUGUCUUCUUAGAAAAACAAUAAACCUCGAGUCUUGGCGUUCGCUUCGCAGGGAAAAGCGGUGACGACGACUGGAGAAACGCAGCGGCGGCGCUGGGAAGCAGCAGAGAGCUGCCGAGCGUGGAGGCUGCUGUGGCUGGGGCUGUGGCGGCGACGAAGGGCGCACUGGCAGCAAGGUAGUGUCUGGCCGAGCACUGGCAUAUAUAAACACCCCUAAACAACAAUCCACCCCAGAUCUCGUCCUUAUCCUUAUCUGAGAGAGAUCUUGGAUUGAACAAUGGAGGAGAGGUUGAUACAGAGAUUGGAAGCGGCGGUGGCGCGGUUGGAGGCGGUUUCAGGCGGAGAGCGCGCGGGAGGAGCGCCGGAGAGCGGCGGCGGCGGCGGUGCGGCGGAUCCUUCGAUUGCUGCGGAUGGGUGCAGCCAAGCUUAGCUAGUUUGCUCUCCCGCCACCUGCAGUACACUUUCACCCUCCAUCUGCUUCCAUUCGUCAAAAUUGCUCCAUCUGCAAUCAGCCUCUGAGUGAGUCACUUAGUCCGCGCUUAGAGACCUCAGUGGUAGUUUGCUUCAUUCCUUGGCUAACAGCCUUCUUUCAUCGCCUGAAACUCUUCCGUUCGCUGCAAUCGCUUUCCAGAAUGUCCUUCCGUUCGUCAAAAUUGCUCCAUCUGCAAUCACUUAUUGCAAGAGCUUUGAAGUCCAAAGCCAAGGACAGUGCCGCCUCAAAAGCCUCCGCAGUUACCUCACAAACCAAGGACUCAACGCUAUUACAGUUUGGAUCAUCGCUCGGCGUCCCAUCGUCCUCCACCGCCUCACAUUCCGCUGAACUUUCAGCUAAGUCUCCCCAUAAUGCCUCUCUAUCCAAUAAAAAUUAUCUGAGAAAUGCCAUCGAUUCUGCAACUCGGAGUUUGGAGACAGACUCACCUACUGGCUACUAUGAGAUGCUGCUUUGGACCGGAGUCAACAAUAAAGAAAAGAUUCAAGAGCUUUGUAAUUACAUUGCAGUGGAUGAUGAUGGAGACAAAGCCAAUAUUUGAGAAAAUUAUUUGUCAGCGCUCUGUUAAAGUGACCGGAAGGAGGAGAUAUUGCAAGUGUUAGAAGUCAUAGAUAUAACAAAAAUUUCUUCAGUGGACCAUGUAACCUGUAUUUUUAAGUCUUUGGGAAGCCUGUCAUUGGAAUCCUUUGCAGAGAAGUUCAUUUUGGCACUCAAAGCUAUUUAAGCUAGUGAUUAUGGAACAAAAAAUAUCUCAUGCCUCAUUUUGGAUUUUGCUGUUUGCAAGCCAAAUUUAACGGUGAGGAACUUCUCAUGAAUGCUGCUGAAAAAUUUUUUUGGUGGCUUAAAGGUUCUCAGGCAAAUGAAAGCUGCAGAUGUGAAACCGGAUUCUCAAACUUUCAGCAAUCUAAUAGGCAACUGUAAUUGUGAGGAGGAUAUUAACAAGUAUUAUGAUGAGCUUGAGAAUGCUGGAGUUCGAGUUACAAAGCAUAUUUUCAGGUCACUUAUAAAGGCUUAUGCAGCUUGUGGACAAUUUGAGAAGGCAAAACAGGUAGUCCUAGACAAAAAAGUGCCACUUACGAGCUUGAAUGAAAUUAAAUGUGUGUUGGUUUCUGCUCUUGCAUCCAAUGGGCAAAUGUCUGAUGCUGUCAGCCUAUAUGAAGAAAUUGAAGAUGCUGGAUACAAUCUCGAGCCCAGAGCCGUCAUAUCUCUCAUUAGGAACUUGCAAUCAGAAGGAGAGUUGAGUAGAUUGCUUCGACUACUUGAUGGAUUGGAUGAGAAUUCAGGCUAUUGGCAUGAUGGUUGUCGCGGAGUUAUCUUACAUUGUGUCCAAUACAAGCAUUUAAGUUCUGCCAUUGAUUUACUCGAGCCAUUCAAGGAUAAAUUCUGCAAUGAUGAAGAGAAUACAGAAUUUUUUAAGGAGGUGACUCGGUCUCCAAACUCCGAGUUGCAGAAUCGAUGGCACUUCUCAGAUAAUUUUUAUUGGAUAGAGAGGCAUUAUGGGGGGAUUUAGCUGAAAGUUCAGCGGAAUGUGAGGCGGUGGAGGACGAUGGGACGCCGAGCGAUGAUCCAAACUGUAAUAGCGUUGACUCCUUGGUUUGUGAGGUAACUGCGGAGGCUUGCUUUUGAGGCGUCACUGUCCUUGGCUUUGGACUUCAAAGCUGACUCACAGUUUGUUUUCAAAAAAAUUUCAAGUGAGGCUUGGUUCAAAUUAUGGGAAUGGGAGGUUUUUGUUACAGCAGGGGACGAGAGUUUACCUCUUGCAAUAAGUGAUUGCAGAUGGAGCAAUUUUGACGAACGGAAGGACAUUCUGGAAAGCGAUUGCAGCGAACGGAAGAGUUUCAGGCGAUGAAAGAAGGCUGUUAGCCAAGGAAUGAAGCAAACUACCGCUGAGGUCUCCAAGCGCGGACUAAGUGACUCACUCAGAGGCUGAUUGCAGAUGGAGCAAUUUUGACGAAUGGAAGCAGAUGGAGGGUGAAAGUGUACUGCAGGUGGGGUGAAAGUGUUCUACCAUAUUAGUAGCUACUUUAUCUUUUAUUAUUUACUUUUGUUUUUUUAUGAAUAGCAAUGAUUUCUAAACCACCCAAUUAGAUGAAACAAACUCUUUUAUUAAAAGAAAAAAGUUUGUUAAUUUGCCAAGAAUAUUUAUAAUCUUUUGUUAAGGAGCAUAUGCUUUUAGACUUUGAACAUUA